AUGGGGAAUACAGACUCAAAGCUUAAUGUGCUUUACAGAGACCAUGUGUUCAAACUGGCUCGGCCUGAUGUUGAACUGAUCUAUAAUCCAAAUGAAAAAGUCGACAAAAGCACUCAUAAUGUUAUACCAUUGUUCAAUUCAGAUUUAACUCUCGAAAGAUUAUCUUCACUGUAUCUUGGUGGAUCUAAAAAAACCGAUAAUGAUCAAAUUUUUGCUCCGUUUUAUUUAGACUUCAUUUCCGCAGGAAACAGUUUAACGAUGGAGCUGUUCAACAAGCUUAUUACGCAUCAAGAAUUGAGAUUCAUCUAUAACGUUAAUCCGACUAACUUCUGCAAUCUUUUGAGAUUUACGGCUCUUAAGAUUUAUCUGCUGAGCUGUUGCCUAGAUACAGAAUCAAAUGCCAAUUUGGAGCAACAGUUAGUGCAGCUUUUGGUUUGCACAAGGAUUCUGACUAAAAUUAUACCGAUCUACCUGGAAAAAAGGGGGAAUGUUGAUAUUUUCUGGACAAGAGAUGCCACGCAUAUUUUUGGUGAUCUUGUCGCAUCCAGUAGUAACGAUGGUAAUUCGCCAGUACAACCUUUGCCGCCGCUAGGUUCGCUACUAGUUAAGGCAUGCAUAAAACUACUUUUCGUAGAAGGUUUUACUAUAACAUCGAUGGGAUCACCGGGAUCAAUGACAGCACUUCUUUGGGAAAAUGGUGUCAGUACUCAGGACUGUUCUUAUCACAAUCAAACACCAAAAGUUGAUGCUAACAGACUUGAAAUCGUCAAUCUUUUAUUGGCACUUUGCUCCUCAGACUUGUAUCGAACGAAUUCCCUUAUCCUCGGUCCCAAAAAGUCCAAUAAAGCUAGCUGCAAUAAUUUUCUGUAUUUUCUGUCAAAAUUAUCACCAGAGUACGACGUCAUAUGUUUAACCGCAUCUAUUAUUAAUUUAACAUGUAGGUACUGUUCCAACUAUCACGAGGAGAAUACGUUGCCUUAUAAUAAUCUAGGUUUUAAGAAUAGUCAGCAGCAACAACUUGCUUCCUUGAGACUAUCUCUAGUACAUUCAUCUCUACAAUUAUUGAACCUUCUGUGUUUCAAUUCUUGGGAUCAAAAACAAAUGUUAGACUUUGCACUCUCAUUGAAGUUGGUGCAAUUGGAUAAUAACGAUUUACCCUCAAAUAUUGCUCUUUCAUUUUUAGCAACAUUAACGAGAGAAAUCGAUUUUAAAUUAAUUCUAUCAUCAUUUGCGAGGAUUUUCAAACUUCCAAUAGAUUUAGCAGUUGAGCAAGAAUCCAAUCCUUUGAGCUUCCCCUCGAGGAAGCCAUCCUCGGCAAGUGGAAAUGAUAGUAACAACCAUACCAGCAGCGGCGCCCAUAAUAAUGACAAUCACAAUAAUAACUCUAAUAACCAUAAUGCCUCUAAUGGUAAUAACUAUGGUGCCAACAAUCAUUCAACGGGGCAUUCCGUUACAAACUCUAGUCAUAAUCAUAAUACAAGUAAUCAACCUACAAAUGAUAAAUCAAAUAACUCCAUGGCAUUGCCUCAAGUCCCACCUUUAUUAUCCGAAGUUUUAAUUUUCUUCACAAAUUUAAUACAGGAGAAUAAAUUAUUUGAAAAUUAUAUCGCAGACAAAUUUGCAAAUAAGAUUGUCAUAUUUUCGGUUUAUUACAUCAUCUUUUAUGAGGACAAUCCACAAUUAUCAGCUACUUUAAUACCCUUAUGCUAUAACCUCGCGUUACUCCUAACUUCAAAAAAACUAGUAUUGUCCAAAAUGCUCGAAACAUUCACUCCAAAUUACUACACUAAUAAACUACCAAACUUUUUCAAGUUAUCCACUGGCAGCAUUACCAAUAUAACCUACAGAGAUUUCACUAUAAUUCAUUUGUGCAAUACUGCGAUUUCAAACGCUCGAGAUAAUGUACAACCUCGACCAUGGUUAUUUGAGAUUAUCUAUAAUCUUAUACCCAUAUCAUCAACUCUCAAAGAUGAAGAGCUGGCUCAAACAUCAUCAAAAAAGCAUCCAAAAAAUUUAGUUAAUGGUGGACUUAGCUAUAACGCCUCAAUGAGUAUAUUAAACCUGCUUUCAAAACUAACUAUUAAAUCCUAUUUGACAGUUUAUGCUUCGAACAUGAAUGACCUUCCAAAGCCAUGUUAUUUGAUCUCGCCCGGAUUCAAAUUAGAUACAAUAGCAUUGAUCUUAAGAGCAAUGUCAACGUACAUCAUUCUGUAUUUUAAUGAAGCAAGAAAUUUAUUAUUUGCUUUAUGCCGGCAUCAAAGAGUUCUGUUUCAAGUGAGAGAUACCAUUGAAACGAUCACAAAAGCACUUCAGGGUCGAGGCGAUAUCGAAGGUGUUAAGAUUCAACUACGUGAUUAUUUCGAGUAUAGCAUGAAUCCUCGCUCAACUGCUAAUGAAGUUAACUUUGUGAGAAAAGGAUAUAAUCCUACCGGCAAACAAGAAUUGACCACACAAAAUAUAGUGUUUGAUAAGUCCAAAAACACAGCAUAUCAAACGGAGUGUAGCGUGGAUGAUUUCCAAGAUGGUUUAGAUGACGUUAACGAAAUUGCAAGUCAGGGGGAUGCUUCCGAUCUAGAGAGUCUUAAUUUAGAGCUCACAAAGACCCAUUCAAAUCUGGGCAAAACUCUCGAGAUGGUGGAGCAGGCAGAUCUCUCCAGGAAUAUUUUAAUGAGCAAUAGGGAGAUUUUUUUUAAAACAAGACCAAAAUGGCCAAUUGGAAUAACAAUAAAAUCCAAAGUCAAGAAGAAUUCAAAACUCAGCCUAAGCGAUUCGUGGACAGGUGCACAUUCACUAUCUCUCCUUAUGAGGAUCACAAAGAUAAUGUUACGCAGAUUUCCAAGCAUCACUACUAUCACUACUACUGAAUACUACAAUAUAAUUGCAGAAAUGGGUACAUUCAAAGAUAAAUUCGACCUUGUCAUCAAUCCAACGCUUCCAUUAUAUAUACGAGUUUUGAAAGAAAUUGAACCAUUAAAGUUGGACUUAUCCAUCAAGAACGAGACUUAUCAGCAAUGGUUAUAUAUGUUAAUAUGGGCAGAUACAUUUACCACACACUCUGGGUUUUAUUCCAUUUCAAAUUCCUUUGCAAAUCUGGGAACUAUCAGCGAUAUCAACAAUGUCUUGAAUCUUCCAUCAUCUUCGGCGAAUGAUAAUAUCGCCGAAUGCAACACUCCUACAGCUCCAAACUUGGAGCGUUGGAAUUCAAAUGGGUCAGGUUUAUCAAGAACCAAUAGCAAUGGGAGUUCACUUAUGGGUUAUUUCGCUUCGCAGAAUAAUGAUUUUGUACCGAAUUCUCCGUUGGACACUACUACCGUUCGUCAUGUUUCAAGCCCUAAAUUAAAAAAUGCCAGAAACAAGACUAACAAUGUUGAUAGUGGACAUUCCUUUUUUAAUUUUUCGUGGACUGGAUUCAACAAAAAUGAUCAUUAUAGCCCAAUAAAUGAACAAGGUCAAUACAAAUCUUCCUCUUCGCAGUCAAAUGGACAUAGAGCAUACAUAUUUACCUUGGACACCGGGAUACUGAAGCCUAACACUUGGGCAGGAACAAAUGUUAAACUUUUCGAUAUACGAAAAGAGGAAAAAGAGGAAUUUUCAUUUCUAGACAUGACAUCCUCCUUGUUAAAGAGAUUCAGAAUUGGAAGCAAUGUCAGCGUGAAUUCUUUGGAAAGCAUAACCACGUCCGCGAACCAUAGUAGUGGAAAUCCUAACGGGGUCAAUAACACGACCUCGCCAUUGACGCCCACAACUUCGUCACCCAGACUACAAAGAGAUAGGGCAACAAGCAAUUUUGCACUCUUUGCAACUCCAAAGCAACUCUAA